AUGGGUGCUGUAAUAGAAGAAUUAAGUAAUCGAAAAUUAUUUACCAUACUAUCUAUACUUGGUAUUGUCCAGAUAAUAUUUUUUUUAGCUGGAGCCAUUUAUUCACCUGAACCAUCAACAUCAAUGGAUUUCUUGAUGACUCCUUGUGAAGACUCUACACCAGAUAUACCAAAAUGGAUACAAAUAAGGCCUUCUAAUUGUAAAGUAAUUCAUGAACUUCAUAAUUAUGUUUCAAAAUCACCCUCUAGAAGGGAUAUUGUUUUUCAAGCACAGAUGCCUCAUAUUAGAAAUGGUGUUCAAUUGGAGUAUUCUAAAUGGUUUCAAUUUUUAAUAGGAAUUUUAGAUAUUAAUAUUGAAUAUGAUCCAAAUAUUAUUAUGGAUGAAGAAAUUCUUAUGGAAUUUGAAGUUAGAUUAGGAUAUAAAAAUAAAGAUGACAAGGAAUGGAAAGAAUAUUAUAAUAUUAAUAUUACUAGAAAAUUGCAUUGUACAAUUUCAGAAGAAAGAAAAAUAAAAGGGAAUUUUUAUGAUUGCCAACCAAUAGAUUUAUUUGAAUUAAGUUCAAAUCCAUAUCCAUAUUAUUUAUUAAAUAUUAAACUUCCAGUAACAGAUGAAACUUGUAAAAAAAAUCCUAAAGCUCCUAAUUGUGGUUUGGGUUUGAUAGAUGAGAUAAAAUUUAUCUCAAUUCAUCAAAAUGGUGGUUUCACAUAUAUUUGGUUAUUAUUAAAAACACUAGUAACACCUUUUAUUUUUUAUGGAAAUUAUUGGUAUUGGAAAAGAAUUAGUGAUCUUAAUCGUCCAAAGUAUCUUGUUGAAAAAUCUAUACAAGCAUUAGGAAUAACAACACUUAUACUUGAUAUUCCUUUUGAAUGGAUAACAAUUUUAACUAGAUGGCCAAUUAUUUUACUUUUUAAUGAUAUAAGACAAGGAAUUUUUUAUAGUAUACUUUUUAGUUUUUGGUUAAUAUUUGCUGGAGAACAUCUUGUGGAGGCAGGUUAUGGAAAUACAUUAAAAGAUUACUGGAAAAAUCUUACUUUAAUAGGUAUAUCUUCUUUUGGUUUUUUAUUUUACGAUACAAUUGAAAGAGGAAUCCAAAUGAUUAAUCCUUUUUUUACACUUUGGUCAAGUGAUUUUGGUACUUCUGUAGCAACGACUAUUCUUCAACUUUCUUGUUUAUCAUUACUUUUAUACAUUAUUUUUUUGAUUUACAAAGUAGUACUAGUAUGGAAUUGUAUUAGAAGAAAAAGAGAAGCUCAGUUAUAUCAAAGUAAUCCUUUAAGAAGAAUAAAAGUUGAAAAUGUAAUAUUUCGUUUUAAAUUUUUAAUGAUUUUUACUGUUAUUUGUGCCAUACUAACAGUAUUAACAUAUGCAUUUAAACAAAUAGGUGAAAUGCAAUAUCAUGAUUCAGAUCCAAGUUCAGGUUUUUUAACAUCAUGGACAUCUGCCUUUUUUAUUGGAACAUUUGGAAUGUGGAAUAUUUAUGUGAUGCUCCUAUUGGCAAUGUAUGCACCAUCACAUAAAUAUUUUAAAGAAGCUACCAUUUUAAUGAGUGACAUCAAGGAUAAUGUUGAUUUUUUAAGUGGAAAUAAUGAAGGAGCAGCUAUGACUACUUUAUUAAAACCAUGUACAGAUUAA